AUGAAAGGCACACCAAGACUAAAUUACGCUCCCUGGCUCAAAAGCCUUCACCCCCCGUUGCCCCGGACGCCCCGUCAGUCUAAACAGCUCCUCAACGCCCUUACAUCCUCUUUUCGGCGUCAACUUGAUCGCGAAUAUCCAUCCACCCGUGCAUCCACCCUCGAUAAACUCGAUGUCUCCGAGGAGCAAUCGCCGAGGAAUCCCGAGUCCUCCAGUUAUGCGACGGACAAACAUCUCCAAACCAUCUUGGAGAAUCCGCUAUUUCGAGUGAAACCCCCGAAGGAGGCCAGGGCUAUACGGUCGGAAAGAGACUCGAGAGUAGCAAAAGAGCCAAUGGUGGUGUUCGAAGAGUUGGCUGCGGCAGGCAAUGUCACCGAAGCUGAUCUGCGCAACUGUCUGACGUCUCAGCUGCUUAUCUUAAGUGGCAAUUUCUCGGGUACUGAAUUUGUCAGGGCGAUGAAGGACUCGAGGACUGCAUCGAGGAUCGCUAGUUGGUGGUCUGCCUCCGAUUCGCAGUCGAGACGGUUGUUGUUCCAUUCCGAAAUCACGCCUCUCAUCACAAAAUUCUUGGUUGCAGAAAACAUGCAGAAUAUGGCUCUAGAUUGGUUGAGGUCGCUAGCACAGCAGGACAUCGGCGGCACAAAUGGCCAACUGACCCAACGACCGGCAAGGUUAUGGUUCAGUGGGCUUCUAAAUGACCUUGUGCUCGCGGAGGCUCGGUACGGGCGUGGGAUAGAGUCCGCAAUGCGGCUUUAUGUUUCCGCACGUAGCAUGUCUACGCCCUCCGGGGAUCUGGUAAUUGAGAACGGGGUCUGGGCACCAGCCCUCCUUUCUGCUGGAGGCCAUUUGGGUCAGCUGAUUACCCAGAAUGAGCCGGAGCAUUCCAACGGUGUUUCGCAGGACCUCUAUGACAAAUAUAUACAGGUGAUCGAUACUGUGGCUGCCAAUUCAUUGCUUCAUGCCUGUGUGUGCUUGCACCACCCCACGCAACCGGAUCCCAUGCCAUACGUCAAGUAUGCUAGGGCAUUACAGAAGGGUCAGGUCGAGUCAUGGUCCAGGCUGAGACGAGAGCAUUUCAUGCGUGCCGGUUUCACCGCUAUUCGUAUCUUGUUCGAUAAGAAUCUGGUCAGGGACGCUACUUGGCUGGCAAGAUACAUGCAGAAGACACUGUCAGAA